AUGGAAUCUUUAGCUCAAUAAAUUAAGGGAUUGUAAUAGAAGAAUCAAGAGCUUUCUUAAUUAGAAAAUAGACUGGUUUAGUUAAAAUAAUAGUUAAAAUUACAAGAAUCGAAUAAUCAUAUAAUAUAAUAGAAAGUUAACAAAAUAUUGGAAACUAAGGAAAGCACAUAUUAAGAUCAGAGAGAUUUAUUAAAAUAACUUGAAUAAUCUCAAAGCCUCAAAGAUGCUAAUUAUAAUCGUAUUCGUUUAAUGAAGCAAUAAUAAGUGGAUGAAACAAUGAAAUUAAAAUAAUAAUUAUCAGACGAUAAACUAAUGAGAACUCUUACAUAAAAACAAAACUCACAGAUUCUUUAAUAUCAACUCAAAAAAUUAAAAGAUCAGGAGUUAUAUAAUAAGCAAUAGUAAUUUAACAAGAUUUCAGAAUGGGAAUUUUAAAUGAAAUAGGAUCUAGAAUAAAAGAAAAAUGAAAAAAUUGAAAAAAUAAGAGGAGAAUAAUUAUAAUAUAAAGCUUAAUUAUCUUAGAAGCUAGAUCAAUAAUAAAAAUAUUAUCAAAAAUUAUAUGAUGAAGAAUAAUAAUUGUUGAGCAAAUUACACAACUCAUAAUCAAUUGCUUAGAAUUUAAAAUAAGACUUAAGUUAAGUUUAAAGCCUUAGUAUAAAAUUUUAUAACAACUCAUUGACUACUAUCUCCUCCUCUAUCAAAUCAUAUAGUGUACCAAAAUUAACAAAGAAAUAAUUAGAAAGUCCUUAUGCUCAAAUUCCUGCAAUUCUUAAAAUUAAAAUCAAUAAAGAAAAAUCUUAUGGUGGAAGCGAAAAUUUCUUUCCUUGCAUUGAAAAACCAAGCCAUUAAGAACAAUAAAAACAUAUGGAAAGACUGUAUUAAUCUAAAAAUUAACUUCCGCUGAAUUAACAACAUGAAUAUCAAGUUUAGAAAACAGGGAUUCAAUAGUUUAAAUAAACAAGUCAAUCUCAUUUUGAAUCCUAAAGUCAUAAUCAUAAUAGCAAUAGAACGAAAUUUUUGAGUUCAACUUAAACUGGAAAAUAGAAAGAUUUCGGCACGAUAACGAAAAUGACAGAAACAAAUAGGUCAAACAAUCAAAAAAAUAACAAUACUUAAUAAAAGGAUACCUAGGAAUAAUAAGAAUAGAAAAAGAUAGAAACUUUAAAUAAUUCAAAAGAUAUUUAAAAAAAAGAAGAUUAAUUAGAAAAACAAAAAAGCCUAAAAUAAGAAAAUCAAAAAGAAUAACCACUUUAAAAAGAACCUGAAGAAGUUGAGGAAAAUUAUGAAGAUGAGAAUUACGAAGAAGAAUUUAAUCAAGAAUAAGAGUAGGAGUAAGAAUAAGAGUAGUAGUAAGAGUAGGAGUAGGAGUAAGAGUAGGAGUAAGAUUAGGAGUAAGAGCAAGAUUAGGAACAGUAAGAAAAUGAGCAUUAAUCAGAAUAGAAAGAUAAUAAAGAAGAUUAUGAAGAUGAAUAUUAAUGA